CUGACUUAUAUCUUAUCUUAGGAAAGGGAUAGUCGCGGGCCCGUCGUGCAAGAGCAUUUCUACGUCGUCUGCUAUCGAUUUUCUGUGAUAUCUAGCUACAUGUCGGGUGGGUUCUCGUCGUUGUCACGGAUAUAUAAAUAGCCAUUUGCGCUGUGUCCAUGCCAAUAAAUAUGCCGUGAAUUUACUCUUUCCAGGGCUGCCGUGACGCCGAGUCCCUACAAACGAAGAGUCUUAUGUUGUCGUCUAUAGUCUUGAGACGCUUAUCAUCAACCAUGGCUUCCCAUCCACCCAAGGACCCAAUUGUGGUGGUCAUCGGUGCCACGGGAACCGGCAAGUCAAAGCUGGCUGUUCAGCUUGCUACACGGUUCAAUGGGGAAAUUAUCAAUGGAGAUGCUAUGCAGAUGUAUAAAGGGCUUCCCAUCAUCACCAACAAGAUGCCCGAUGACGAGCGCAACGGCAUUCCGCAUCAUCUCCUUGACUUCAUCGGGUUGGAUGAGAAUCCUUGGACGGUCAACCGGUUUGUCAAAGAGUCGUCUCGCCUCAUUGACGAAAUCAGGUCCAGGGGCAAGUUACCCAUCGUGGUUGGCGGGACACACUAUUACACUCAUGCACUAUUGUUCAAGGAAGCCACCCUUACCGAGGAGACUGGCGAUAACAAUGGUCCAGAUGGAGGAAUUUCAGAGCCGGCACAGGAGGACCACCCCAUGUUGUCGAGACCAACUGAAGAACUCUUUGCGAAGCUACAGGAGAUCGAUCCAGAUAUGGCGGCAAGAUGGCAUCCAAAUGAUAGACGGAAGAUUCAGCGGUCUCUUCAGAUUUGGCUCCAGACAGGACGGAAAGCUUCUGAUGUCUAUGCUGAACAGCAGCGUAGAACGACUAACGGACACGGAAAAGGCGGAGAGGGAGACGAUAUCGAUGGUGCCACCCAACCCGCCAACAGCGCCCAGGUAGAGGAGCAGAGGCUGCGCUAUCCUACGUUGUUAUUGUGGCUGGAAGCCGAAGAUCGAGCCUUGAAGGAACGACUGAAUGCGCGUGUGGACGUCAUGGUCGCCAAUGGCCUGGCAGACGAAGCGGCUUCAAUGACACGACUCGAAGCAGACCUGAGAAGCAGAGGGAUACCGGUUGAUAAGACAAAAGGGAUAUGGGUAUCGAUCGGAUAUAAGGAGAUGGAGCCGUGGAUACAAAGUCAACAAUCGCUGGACUCGGACUCCAGUCAUGCUAGCAGCUCGCGCGGCCUGCAAGAUGCUAUCGAGUCGGUUAAAGCUGGCACGAGGCGCUAUGCGAAGCGCCAGAACCGUUAUAUUCGUAUCCGGUUGGCCAACGAUUUAGUCAAAGCGAGCAUGUUGGAUAAGCUUUUUUUACUCGACUGUUCUGACCUGACACAUUGGGACUCCGCCGUGGAGGAAACAGCGAGCAAACUGGUGGCUUCUUUCCUAAGUGGCAGAGCGCUCCCUGACCCAAGAAGUAUUUCCAAUUUUGCGGAGAGGAUGCUCCCAGUGCCCGGGGAGGGUGAGAGCCAGGCCAAGCGCACUGCGCGAAGGUGCGAAGUCUGCGACAAGGUCCUCAUGACAGAUGCGGAAUGGAGUGGUCAUCUUGCGAGUAGAGGGCACAAGAAGACAGUCGCUGCACACCGCAAGCGAGACUUGGCAGGCUCCAAAGCUGGACAUGAAAAAUCCUUACCGGAAGGUCCAGGAGGUUGAAAUCAUGCAAGCUUGUGCUGAAUUUCGCCCAAGCCGGUCGUCCAGUAUUUAGGCGAGCAUCAUCGCAAGGGAACUCCACUAUUGAUCAGGGAGGAUCAGGCACCCGUGCAUCAGACGCAUGGCCGUUCGCACUAGGGUCGACCGUGGCAUUUUCCUGGUGUUGCUGCUGCUGUUGCUGUUGCUCCUGCAGACCUUUUGUCCGCCACUCAACAAACGCCGGCGAGAGGAUGUCUCCGUGACCAGUCUGCUCAACCUUGAACACUUCGACUCGAGGCGACUUUUCUCGCUUUCGAAUUCUCCAGACGCCGUCUGAUGUGAUGAUGGUCUUCAGCCCUGUUUCAUCGUCAGUGGGCCGUAUACAAGCUCGGGAAAUCUCGCUCACAUUCCAGAAAACUUGAAGCAAAAUUUAUGCAGGUCUGGCCAUCCCACAGGUUCUUGCCCCUCAAACGCACUUUCUCAGGUAUGCUCUGGGUCUCGAGCUCUUCAAGGCGCUCCAGAAUCCCUUGGCUGGUCCGGUAGCCAACGACAAUCUUUGGCACUCCAAGUAGAAAUGACUGGGCCCAGAAUUUCAGGAGCUUUCUCUCAAACUUGACCUGCUCGCGCUCGUUGGUCACGGCGGCGGUCGUCUUGAGCUCCACCCAGUUCGUGGGCUGGGAUUUAUCUUCUGAUUUGAAGUCCACGACGGCAUCAACCUCUCCGCCAAUGAUCAUUUUGACCUUGCCAAAACCCGUGCGGACAAUGGAGCAGUACUGAGCGUAAUUGCUCACAAUCUGUUCUUCCCUGGAUUCGAUGUAUUCUCUGGACGCGCUCGACCAUGGUUCUGGCAGCAAUGACACCGUCUCGAAUUUGUAUCCCCAGAAACUCAUAAGAUCUUGAGACAUGGCACCGGGAUGUGCGGGGCGGGAGAACUGAUUCUGCCGCGACAUCACCUUUUUCUCAUGGUUUUCCUCGAUGUAAAUAGUUCCCUGGAACAAGGUGGCAUUCAUUUCCCAGUCGUCGAAAAGCGAGAAGGGAGAUACCAUAAUCUGCCACGUCCAUGAGCAACCCGUACUAGUAUCGAGGACGAGCCUUCACACCUUCGUCAUCAUCCCGCGCCAUGUUAUGAGAUCUGUGUCCACUUUCUGCCCUUUCUCCUUCUCGUAUAAUAUGAGCGCUUCCAACAAG